AUGCGUGCUUUCAUCGUCCUUUGCCUCGUGGCCCUGGCCAGCGCCGACAAACUGGGCUACAACUACCAGCCCGUGGCUCACUCCCCAUCCGGACUCAGCUUCCAGCCGUCGGGACUGGCCAGCAAUGAGGCGCCCAGCUUUGAACCAUCGGGAUUGGCCAGCAACGAUGCUCCCAGCUUUGCCGCUGGACCCUCCGCACCGAUCGACGGUCCCGUAGGAGCCUCUUCGUCUGGUUCCCCCAACUACGCCGCUCCCCAGGCUGAGCUGGAGAAGGAGUUCUUCACCUACACCGCCGACGAGGGUGAUUUCAACGACCCCGCUGCCUCCGAGAAGGUGUCUAGCGCUCUGAACAAGGCACUGCGCGUCGUCUUCAUCAAGGGACCCGAGAACCGGGGUCUGGAGAACGCUGCCCUGGCCCUGGCAAAGCAGGCUGCCCAGCAGGAGACCGCCAUCUAUGUCCUGAACAAGCAGGCUGACAUCGGAGAUCUGGCCAACAAGCUGAACUCCAUCCGCAGCAACAACAACAACAAGCCCGAGGUGCACUUCGUCAAGUACCGCACUCCCGAGGAUGCGGCCAACGCCCAGCGCGCCAUCCAAGGACAGUACGAUCAGCUUGGAGGAUCCUCCCAGUCCACCGAUGGUGGUGUCGCUUCCUCCCUAAACUUCGCCUCCCAGCCGGCGCCUGCUCAUGAAAAUAUUGGUGGUUCUGCCAGCGCUCCAGGCGCUAGCUACUUGCCUGCCAACAUUUUCCGCCGUCUCCGUUUCUAA